GUAAACACAACUCCAGGAAGAUGAAACGAUCGGGUGACAGUGAGGGGGAGAAGAGAAGAAAGAGGCGGAAGCUACUCCAUGAGUUGGGAGAUCAGAAGAUCCCCUUUCUGGGACCUUCAGACCGGGGCUUUCAGCACCUGUGGGAUUCCAGUUACAGCGGCCUGGUUCUGAGGAGAUCCUGCUCGCUGCCUGCUGAGCUCCAUGGCCGGGUGCAGGCAGCUAUGCUCACCCUGAGAAGUAAGGGCUGCCUACUGAGGGAUCUGGUUCGCGUCCGUGAACGAGAUGUAUUCACUGCCGUGUCACGGGUUCUGCUGGGGGAGCCUGGCCACACCUAUCGCUAUCUUGACACGCGGCUCUUUGCCAUCCCCUGGCACAGUGAGGAAGCUGAGGUCAAAGGACUUAACUGUUGUGAUCCUGACUUGAGUGCUGCUUGCAAGGCAUUGUGGGAGCUUAACACCUUGUUCUGCUCAGACGUGUCUCAAGGAGAAGGAGACAAGGUAACGCAAUGUGCAAAGGGAGAGGUAGAUGCCAAACAGGGUAAAGAGGGUGACACGGAAUCUAAACAUAGUGAAGACUCCAAGAACAGUGAAGGAGGGGACUCCGAGUCCCGACAGAGUGAGGAAGGGGACACAGAGUCCAAGCAGAGUGAGGAGUGGGACAUUGAGUCCAAACACAGCAGUGAGGAGGGAGAGUCCUCCCAGGUCAAACCAAGUGAAUCCAGUGUUGCAGCAGAACACCUAGAACUAAGUGAAGGAAAAUGUCAGAGCUGGGCGACCAAGACCAUCAUGGGCACAGAGACUGAACCUGUUGGACUGGGGCUCCAGGAGAAACCUGUGUCCCAUCUGAAGCACAGCCUGUCAGAUCCCCACCUUGAGGACAAGGAGGAACAGCCAAGUAAGCAGGGAUGUUCCCAGCCCAGUCCGCCACAGGUAUGCACCGGUCUGGUCAAGUUCAAUGUCACCUUACUCAACUACAUGGACCCAGAAGCUAUGAGCCAUCUGAAAGAGGAGCCCUACUACGGCAUGGGGAAAAUGGCGGUAGGGUGGCACCACGAUGAGAACCUGGUCUCUCAUUCGCCAGUGGCCGUUUACAGCUAUAGCUGUCACAAUGACAAAGGUGAGAGCAGUGAAGGAAGCAGUGAUGAGAAGGCAAGCUGGAGGAUUGGGCUCAAGGUGGCCUGGGACAUCCACACACCUGGCCUCACGCUGCCACUGGAGUCUGGAGACUGCUAUUACAUGAGAGAUGACCUGAACAGUACCCACCAGCACUGUGUCCUAGCUGGAGACUCUGCACGCUUCAGCUCCACACACAGAGUGGCCGAGUGUUCCAGUGGGACCCUGACCUACAUCCAGUCCCGCUGCCAAGAGGCCCUGUCUAACCUGCACACUGACCCAGAGACAGGCUCCCACAGCCUGCUGGCCCUGCUGCCAACAACGCUACAGCACUGUGAGGAGAUUCACAAUGAGGUGGAGUUCGAGUGGCUGCGGCAGUACUGGUUUCAGGGCCGGCGCUACGCCCGCUUCUGCAGCUGGUGGACCAGACCAAUGGAGCAGCUGGAGAAUGACUGGAAACUCCUGGAGACCAUGACAAUGCUCUCCCUGGCCACGCUGGAGGAGGAGGGCACUGCAGGGGAGGGACGGAGGGAGAUGGCAGAGACCCUGCUGUCGGCCUUGACGGACAGACACCAGCAAAGACAGACAUGGAGAGACAGGUAACACAGUGUAACACCAACUCUGGCAACUUAGUUCCCUCGUAUUGGACGUGAAAAAUAACUCUCACAUGACAGAUGUGAUUGAGAGGUAAAGUAAGACCCUGAAACACGGGCACUGUCACAUUAACAAAAUGUAAACAUCAUCAUAGAAAUCAAGUUAUUCUACAUAAUAUGUAAAUUCCUAUAUAGUAUUUUGCUUUACAUUGUCAUAUAUUCAUAUAUUUUGCUUU